AGAGACUUGCGGUUGCCUCAUGGUAGGACGGGAGCUACUGGGAAUCGAAACUAAACUCAAGACUCCGCUGCUACCCCUUCCUCCUCCUCGCUGGUUCACCACCGCCAGCAAGGGCCUCUCGGCAACUAAAAGUUGUCGCUGCCCUCGUCUCUCCCCGCCGUUUUCAUCUGGCAUGAUGCGUUUGUAACAUUUUUUUCCCGCUUCGGUUCAAUGAACUUCCUCACUUCAUCAGGGAGUGGGCGUGCUAAGGCUGCAUUUCAUAGCCGCUGUCACCAUGUCACCAUGUCAUCGUGUCAUCAGCCAGUCUUGGUGACUAGUUUCCCUGUGCUUUCUUGGUCUUCCUCCCCAGUGGGCAAGCAUGGACCCUGCACGAGAGCAACGCAAGCAGGAGAUCAGCAAAGCUCUGGCAUUUAUACAGUCGUCCCUGGCUUAUCCAGAUCCAGAGGGCUACCAGAAAUACCUGACCCAGUUAGUCUGCAACCUGCUUGAUGAGGGCAAAGCUUUGUUCAGAGACGGAGAGUUGGAGCAGGCCGCGACGGACUUCAGUGAAGGCCUUAACGUCUCAUGCUACGCUGAAGGAGAGGACAUCCAGAUCCCCGAAGCUUUGCUGGAGAGCCUGUAUGUCAACCGGGCCACCGCCUACCACAGAAUGGGGGAAUAUGAUCGAGGCGUGAAGGACUGCGACAGAGCUCUUGCAUUGUGUAAGGAAAGUGAGAGGGCCCUGUACAGGAAGGCACUUUGUUUGAAGGAGCUUGGGGAGUACAGAGAGGCCUACAACUGCACCACGGACUGUCUGCUCAUCUCUCGUCUGGAUAAAGAUGUGAAUGAGCUGGCACAGGAGCUGGCCGUCCACCUGGGACUUAAAAAUCGAAAACCCUAUGUCAGCGCAAAGGGCGACAUGCUUAUAACAAGAGGCAUUGCUAAUGGAAACAUGACCGCGGCAGCCAACAAGGUGUCUGGCUCUGAUUUAGGAAACGGUAUAAAUCCUCUGAGUGGCAUUGCACCAGUCAGUUUUCCCAGCAUGCCUCAGUCCACUGUUCCCUCCAUGUCGCCAGGCUGCUGCCAACCUGCCGUCCCCUUAGCGCCCGACAGGGUGGACACUUUGGAGGACUCGGAGCUGAUAGGAGAUGACUUAGAUAGCCUGCUCGACUGCUUUUCCACUGAACAGGAGUCAACAGAGACCCACAUCCAGAAAGAAUUCUCGGUUCCCAGCAGGACAUCCACCCGCACACAAACAGUUCCUUCGGUCCUGCCCGCACCAACACCCCAGCUACCCCCGGCCUUCUUCAACUCCGCCGUCAGCCAACUCAACUCCCUGGAUUCCUUUUCAGGUGGUGGGCACAGCACUACGACCGCAGCACUGGAUACCCUGGACAACCUCCUAACCUCGCAGGGUCUGGGUGCCUUAGACAACUGCUCGGGAGUUGAAGGAAGUGCAGCUGCGCCAAGUUUAAGAGUGACCUCUGCAGUGCUGAAAACCCUGAAUGGCCUUGAUUCCCUCGAUGACCUCUUGGAUACAACACCUGCCAGUGUUGCAGCCACUGAGGAAGUCAAUGAAUCCAAAACAAAAUUGGACAUGGAGUCCCUUGAUGAUUUGUUAGAGGGACUAGAUCCCAUGGAGACUGUCUCUGGUCCAGUUGCUCCGAGUGGUAAUGUCCCUACAUUCGGUGGUAAAGCUGUGGACCAGCUUGACUCCCUCGAUGUCCUGGACUCGUUUUCCUCAGUGGAAGGUGUUGGGGCGGCUUUGCCAGCAGUCAUUAGGGGAACAGGCCUGGACUCGCUCUCUGACUUCAGCUCAACUGGUAUCGCAGGCUGUCACCCUGCUGUAGCUCCAGCAAUCCGAUCUCCAAAGAACAACUUCAGAGAGAGAAAAUAUAAAGCGCCGUUUGCAAGUUCUAACCCCCUGUCCUCCACCCAUGAGUUCCUGCAGGCCUGCUCUGCCUGUUUCCCUCAGGAAGGUCAAGGGAUAUAUACGUUUGUUCACAAGCCAGACCUGGUUCACAGCUGUAAGCGAGACAUUCUGCUGUGUAGACGAAAGACGGCUUAUCCCACCAUGUGGACCAGAGUGCGGCCGAUUCCUCCUUGCACGUCCUUCAAAGGACCCUUUGUACUUUGCAGGGAGCUGCAGAAGUCUGGGGAUUUGGGCGUGUGUAAGUACAGAGAUGACUGUACAUUUGCCUACAACCAGCUGGAGAUCGACGUUUGGACAGUGGAGAGGAAGGGGGCGUUGGACAGGAGCCUGCUGUUUGAGACGGGAGCUGUCAAACUGGACCCUGUAAACAGCAUCGUGCACCUUCUACAGGAACACAAGGGCACGUUCAUGUUCCUCUGUCAGGAGUGCUAUGACAAUAAACCUAGAAUCAUCAGUGUGCGCUGCAGAGACAAUCACAUGAUCUGCUCCAACCUGGACGUUCGGCACACCUUUGAUGCUAAUAAGUGCUUGGCAUUUGUGGUGAGGACCCACAAUGUGAACUACAGAAAGGUCCGCCCGCUGAGUGUCCUGUGCCAAUUGGAUUUGUGCCACCAAGCCAUCCGGUACGGCUGCCUGAGAGAGGACAACUGCCACUAUGCCCACUCCAUCAUCGAGCUCAAAACCUGGAGGGUGCAGCAAAACACAGGUAUCAGCCCUGAUGAGAUUGUGAAAGUAGCCACACAAUAUUAUGGCAAACAGGAGCAAAACUCAAGUAAACAGAAAUGGAAUAGACAGUUGUCUUCUGGAGGUGGAGCCAGCAAACCAAAAGGAGGAGGAGCUGGAAAAGAUCUGAACUUGAGGAUGAAGUUUGCCUGUGCUCAGUGCUGUCGGGAUGGUCUCAUCAGUGAACCUGACAAAGCACUCAAGUACUGCAAUGCAAAGGCCAGACAUGUGUGGACUAAAGACAGACGGGUACUGCUGGUCAGGUCCUUAGAGAGAGGUAAAUGGGUUCAGGUCCGACCACUGCCAUAUGCCAAGAACUUCCCUGUGCAUUAUGAGAUAUGUACCCAGAUGUUGGAGAAAAGGAAAUGUAACUACUCUGGGAACUGCACCUUUGCGCACAGCCAGGAGGAGAGGGAGAUGUGGAUGUAUAUGAAGAAUAAUGACUUGUGGAACAUUCAGCAGAUAUACGACAUGUGGCUGACGUUAGCCGGCCAAAACCGCCAAGCAGAUGGAGCCACGCUCACCCAGCCUGUCGCAGAAGAGAAAUAUAUUGUCAUGCCAACUGACUAUGCUGAAGCAAUGAGUGGCUUCCACUGCCGGCUGUGCGGUAGACACAGUAACAGUGAGCGGCAGUGGCAGCACCACAUCUCCUCUGAGAAGCACAAGGACCGACUGUUUGGUUGUGAAAAAGAAGACGAAGCUCUGACGUGGAGCUACCGUUUUCCUGGACCAAACUUCGAACUCUGCCCCAAAUUGGAGGACGGCUGUCCUGACGGCGUGAGCUGUGACUACGCCCACAGUCCGGAGGAGCUGCAGGAGUGGACCGAGAGACGGGAUUUCCUACGACAGAAGCUGGCCAGAGCAAGGGAAGAUAUGCUCAUCAUGCCCGAUGAUUUUGACUUUGGGAUGUACAACUUUCUACUCCACGACUGAGAGGAAGUUAUUUUUUAGUGUUUAGAGUGUUUGUAACUGCCAAACUAGCAUAUCAGUGUAUUAGGGGUUUUCAAAUCAAAACCAAAAUGAGGAGGUGACGUGAUCAAACUAGCAAGAGAUUUGCUUUCGCAAAAUGCCAUCUACCAUUUACUUUAAUUUGCUUAAUAUUUUUUCCAUUUCUUCAUACACGUUUGCUCAGCUAAAACAUCAGUAAAAAAAACGUGUUGGUGCCACUAAAAAACACAGCAGACACCAACACAUUGUUUAUCACAGAACGUUCAUAGAUGGUUUAUAUUUAACCAUACAUUCAGCUUUUUGUCUGCUCUGAUCCAUGUUACAUUCACACACAUCUUUGUUUAGGGUGCUUUGUCCUUUCCCUUCUCUUUAACGAGGUUUUUAAUUUUUUUUUAUUGUGCUUUCAUUCCACAGUUCAUUAAGAAGCUGUUCAAAGCCCUUACUUUGCCUUACAGUACUCCAAACGAUUUGUCUCUACCUUCAACGCAAAUAAAGUUUUUACUGUUCAGUUCCAA